AUGCCCAAAACAAGUGAAUAUGUUGAGAAGUUUCAUUGGCAUUUAUGGUUAUUAUUUGCAUUAGAAAAUUGGAUACUUGAUUUUGGACGACCAAUAGCCAUGCUAAUAUUUCCAUUAGAAUGGUUUCCAUUAAAUUAUCCGAGUGUUGGCGAUUACUUUCAUAUGCUUUAUAAUAUAUUAACACCGUAUUAUUUAGAACGUUUAAUCAAUAAAAGUCCAAUGAAAUUUAAUCGUAGUCUAUUUCAUAUAUUAAUGACAAUAUUUGUCAUGGGAGCAAGUAUUCAUUUAGUAGGAGAUUCAAUUAAUCAUCGUCUGGUAUUAAACGGUUAUCAAUUACAUUUGAGUGUUAGAGAAAAUCCUAUUAUGCAAAAAUUAGAACCAAAAUCAUUGGUUGAAUCGUUUGAAUUACUCUACUUUUAUGAUGAAGUACUCGGUCAUUAUAUGUGGUAUAUUCCCUAUUUCAUGUGUUUUCUACUAUUUUUCAAUAGUUCAUUUAUACCUGAUCAACGAAAAAAAUCAAAUGAAAUUAAUAAGUCAUCUUCUUUGCCAAAAAGUUAUUGGAUCCUGGCAUUAUUAAAUUCAACAUAUUACUGGUAUUUAGCAACAGAAGGACAAAUAACACCCUUAUUUGUUCUAUGUACAAUUAUAAUGACAAUUAUUUAUAUCAUACGAAGAAUCAAACAUAAUCGAAUGGAUAUAAAUGGACAUUUCUUACUUUUAACAUUUCAUCUGACAAUAGUAUUUGUUUCAUUAUGGACAGUAUUAUUUUGGAAUGAUGAAAUAUUAAGAAAAAAGUAUGAAGAUAGUCUAAUUUAUGUUCCAGAACCGUGGUCCGUUUAUUCCCUAUAUGGAAAAAAAUUAUUUUUAGUUUAA